AUGGAGUCAGAAGGACCCCCGGAGUCAGAGAGUUCAGAAAAAUCAGUCGUUUUUUCACAGCAAGAAGAAGAAGAAGAAACAACCAGUGGACCAGAGGAAAUAAGCACUGUGAACCCCCUCUUACAGCCUGCCCUCACAGGGAAUGUAGAAGGCCUGCAGAAGAUUUUUGAGGAUCCCGAGAAUCCUCAUCAUGAGCAGGCCAUGCAGCUACUCUUGGAAAAAGACAUCGUUGGGAGAAAUCUGUUGUAUGCAGCUUGCAUGGCUGGGCAGAGUGAUGUGAUUAGAGCUUUGGCAAAAUACGGUGUGAAUCUGAAUGAAAAAACUGCCAGAGGUUACACACUCUUACACUGUGCUGCAGCCUGGGGUCGGUUGGAAACUUUGAAAGCACUAGUGGACUUGGAUGUUGAUAUAGAAGCUCUGAACUUCCAGGAUGAGAGAGCACGAGACGUUGCUGCUCGGUAUUCCCAGACUGAGUGUGUUGAAUUCCUGGACUGGGCAAAUGCAAGGCUGACUUUGAGAAAAUAUAUUGGAAAGAUCUGUGCAGCCAUUACGGACAUGGAAAAGGGACCAGGAAAACUCCUUAAGGAAGACAAGAAUACCAUCCUUAGUGCAUGCCGUAUAAAAAACGAGUGGCUGGAAACCCAUUUGGAAGCUUCCAUUAAUGAGCUUUCUGAACAGAAACAACAAUUGGAAGAUAUUGUGACUCCCAUUUUCACAAAAAUAUCCACACCACGUCAAGUGAAAAGUGCCAAAACUGUAGCCUAA